AUGGAGCCCUUCUUGGGAACCUGGAAACUGGUCUCCAGUGAAAACUUUGAGGAUUAUAUGAAAGAGCUGGGAGUGAAUGCUGCAGCUCGCAAUGCGGCAGUGUUAGUGAAGCCAAACGUAAUUAUUAGCAUGGAUGGAGAUAAGGUGAAGAUGAGAACAGAAAGCUCUUUCAAGAACACCGAGAUCUCCUUCAAACUGGGGGAAGAAUUUGAUGAAACUACUGCAGACGACCGAAAUGUAAAGAGCAUCGUAACAUUAGACAGUGGCUCAAUGAUUCACGUCCAAAAGUGGCUCGACAAAGAGACAACAAUCAAAAGAAAAAUUGUAGAUGGAAAAAUGGUGGCGGAAUGUACCAUGAAUAACAUUGUCAGCACUAGAACCUAUGAAAAGGUGUGA